AACGAUACGAUACGAUUGUACGAUUUAUAUACUGUAGGAAAUAGUAGUCUGAGACGGAUAUGACGUCAGGUGGCGCGACUUGGUUCCGUAAAUAGUGGGGAGUUAGAGAGGGGUACCGAUCGGUUGGCGGGAACGACUUGCGAUACAAGCCGCUCGGUCGACUUCGGUAUGCUCGUGGCGUUCGAGCUGUCCACAUUUCUUGUUGUGUAAUUCUUUAUGGGUUACUUGGGAUAUGCGGGGAGAGUGAGUUGAGUGGAAAAGGGAAGUGUUUGUUAACAGUCAAAGGAGCCUUUAACUCUACACACAACGUUCACAAGUGUGUGGCUCCGCUCAAGAUCAUUCUCUGCUAUUCUAGGGCCUUAUUUUGGUGACAGUUUCGAGUUGUUAAUUAAUUUGUCCUGACAAAUGUUCUGAAUCAUAACCUUUUGUUCAACAUUGGUUUUCUUAUUUUUGUAAUCCACUUCUGAGUGUACUAAAAAUACAUUAUCAAUGCAAUGUAACAUACAAGAGAAAAAUACAUCAUUAUCAACCAAUAGCGGAUAAGUUGAAAUUUCACUGUCUCUUUCGUCCAAGGCAACGAAAGAGUGAGCGAUAUUUUAGAUUCUUCGCUAUUGGUCGACAUUCGUAUUUCAUCGUUAUCUUUUAAUAAAUAUUUCUUAUUACUUUGUUUUGCUAUAACUAAUCAACUGAUCAUAAUGAAAUUAUGCAUUGACAGAGGUACAAAAAGUACAUAAUACACCAAUCAUCCAGAGAAAAGUACUAUAAAAAAUAUAGAUAAAAACCGCCUCGCAUAAAAACUCAACAUAAUACCAAUAAUAAUUAAGCAGCAGCGUAAUGUCUGGAAUCCCGGAAUACAAAAAAGAAGUAAAAAUUACUAGAAGCAUACCACUAAUAUGUAUUUGAUGUCCCGAAUCUAAGAAUACCGUGAGAAAACGCUUGUUAUUACAAAACAUUUUCAAAUACAAAUUAUUAUUGAUCCAAUAUCCAAUAACAUUUCUUUACUAAUGACAAAGGUAAUAAAUAUUAUUAAUUUAAUAUAUAUUUUUCACACAACUGAUUAUUUUUGAAUAUUUUCUCAUUUCAUUUAAAAAAAAAUCUUUAUAGAAAAUUCUCUGUAUAGUUCGAAUUCGAAUUACGUAUCAUUGGUCAUUGCAUUACAUUGAAUUCUAGAAGCGGUAAAUGAACAUCAAUUACAUAAUUUAUCUUAUCAAUCUAGGUUACGACCUCAAAAUAACUACGAAAUGUUAGUUUAGAUUUAAUAAAGUAAUGGAUACAUUAAAGUUUUUGUUCCUAAUGUUUUUAAUUCCAAACAUAAAAACGAACGAGGAAAGUGAAGAGCCGAUUUUAUAUUACUACGGUCUCGAAGAAAGCGAGCGCAGUCUGCCGUCGUGCGCAGCGCAGCAAGCGUGCUCUGCGCUGUUGCAGCGCUACUGGCGGCGCGCUGCGCUGGUGCGGUUAUGUCGCUGCGGCCGGAGGCUGCGCUGCGACGAGCGAGCGCCAACCGAGCGGCGCAUUGAACUCAAUAACCGUGCGCAUCUACAGUUCUGUCGCCCAGUGACAGGAUGGCGUGAGUGUGACGUGAACGAGGUCCCCCUGACGGUCGACACGACAUCCGAGCGAAUGAACCCGGACGAGCUCGAAGAGUUGCAUCAUCAGAACAUACAGUUAACACCGCCCAACAUCACCCUCGCGUGUCGGUGUCGCUACCCCAACUACUGGAAACUUAACACAACAGACAAUGACGUCACGAAGUACCAAUGUACGUCAUUACCGCUGUGCAAGAGCGGUGACUUUUGUGGGAACGUAGUCGAAGGCCAUCUUUCUUUGUAUCAAUCGUGUUUGUGUCCCAAAAAGCAUAUUUGUGUGCACAACGGAGGUGUCCCACACUUGCAAGUGUCUGAGUUGUUGUAUCGAGGCACGGGCUGGAGAGCGCACUGCCAGCCCGUCAGUAAUGACUACAAUUAUGAUGAUUAUUAUUGAUAUUUGUUGUAAAUAAACUCUCCAGAGUGAUUUACUUUACAUUGUGUCCUGUUAUUUUAUUACUCGUAUUUUAAUUAAUAACAUAUAAAUUAAUAUUCACUGCUUUUUAAAUUUCCUUUAAAUUUUUUUUUAAAUAUACUUAUAGAAUAUUUAAAAUAUAUUUCAAUUUAAUGAACCUCAGACAUAACAUAACUGCAGGUUCUUGAAAAGUACAAAAAGGGAUUGUGUCAAAGUUAUAUAAGAACGCCAUGUAAUGUCAAAGCUUAAGAUAACAAAAACUGUUUCACUAUGCCUGUAGAUGGCAACACGCAACGUCUUAUUACAAUUUUCGUAACGCAUUCACGAACUUACUCCUCAAGUGAAGCAUUAAGAAGUUUUACUUAAAAAUUAAUUCCAUACAAAAGGAUGGCUUCACCUCAUUGAUCUCCUAUUAAAAGUAGAUGCACAAUCAGCUACUAAAAAACGUCCCCACUCAACGAAUGUCAAACACAACUUUUUAGCACCCAAUUCAAUUAGUAGUAGUAUCCUUAAGGUUGAAUUUGCACUGAAUUUAGGAUUUUAUUGAAUAUUGGACUAUAUUUAAGGGUCUUUAGGUAUAAUUUUCUUUACCAAUAAUUCUAAAACUGUCAAAGCAAAAUUGGCUAGUUUUUAAGUGAAAUUUUCUACAUGAUUGUGCGUCCUUUAAUUAUAAGA